ACUAGUUAACAUAGUUGUUGUAGUAUUUAGAAUUCCAUAACAUUGCCAAAAGGAUUAAUGCUACGGAUUUAUAAACAAUUGUUUGUAUUGAUUAUGUAGCUGAAAGUUUGCACGUGCAGAGUAUUCCCUUGCUGUGAGGAAACUCUCGAAGUGACAGUAACAUUUUGAAUCAGGGAUGUGAAUUUGGCCAACCUGCAAAUAUCGAAGUGCUUUGUUCUUCGAAAGAACGCGGGAAUCACAACACAAACAAACAAGUAGAAUUUUGUGAUUUCUUAGAUUCAAGUUCAUCGAAAGACGAACAGCCACUUUAUUUGCAAAUAUCGCGCAUUUUCGUUAGUAACAUGCCGACUGUGUCAGAUGAACAAAUCAAAGAAAUCUUUCGAGAGUAUGCCAUUUCCAAACACAAGGAUGAACUAAUGGCAAUACUGCAGACUUCUGACGACCUUCAGCAUCAUUCAGUUGUAGUUCAAUUUUCUCAGUUGUUUGAGAGAAGUGCUGAUCUUGGCAAUGGUAUCAUUUCUGCACCUAGUCGUUUUUUGCCAUUAUGUGAUCAGUCUCUUGCUGAGGCACAGAAGACUUUGUAUGAGGCUCAGUCCGAAGAGAUGAAGUGUGAUUUAAGCAUAAAAACAAAAACUCAUGCUCGUAUUACAGGUUUACCAGUAUGUCCUGAACUGCACCGAAUUGCAUUUCCUCGCAAUGACGACAUAGGAAAUUUUUUGAGAGUUUCCGGGACAGUAAUAAGGAUUACAACACCUAAAAUGCUAGAGUUUCGGAGAAGUUACAUUUGUGCAAAAUGCAAACACAUUUUUACAGCAGAGGCUGAUUAUGAACUUUAUUAUGUAAUACCAAACCAGUACAAGUGCAGGAAUCCUGAAGGCUGUAAAGGAACAAAUAUAUCUCCAGUUAAAGUGAUUGAUCAUGACAAUUACAAGGAUUACCAAGAAAUAAAAAUUCAGGAGCAGGUUGCUAAACUUAGUGUGGGAUCUAUUCCACGUUCCAUGUGGGUGACACUAGAAGAUGACCUGGUUGAUAAAUGUAAACCAGGAGAUGAUAUUACAGUAUGUGGUACUGUACUGAGAAGAUGGCGCAGUAUAAAUGGUGGAAAUCGGUGUGAUAUUGAGCUAGUGCUUAAAGGCAAUUACUUGGAAGUGUGCAAUGAACAAGCUUCAUCGGUUUUGAUAACACAGGAAACACAUGAUAUGUUUUCAAAAUUCUGGGAGGAACAUGCUCGUGAGCCACUUGUAGGCAGAAAUUUAAUACUGGCUUCCAUUUGCCCACAGGUGUUUGGGCUAUACAUUGUCAAGUUGGCAGUUGCGGUAGUAUUGUGUGGUGGAGUCCAACGUGUGGACAAAUCUGGAUGCAGAGUUAGAGGUGAAUCUCACCUCUUACUUGUGGGAGAUCCUGGUACAGGCAAAUCACAUCUAUUAAGAUUUGCUGCUAAAGUGUGUCCUCGUUCCGUUCUUACAACUGGUGUUGGCACGACUUCUGCUGGAUUGACUGUGAGCGCUGUAAAGGAGAAUGGAGAAUGGCAACUGGAAGCUGGUGCUUUGGUUCUUUCUGAUGGAGGAAUUUGCUGCAUUGAUGAAUUUAAUUCCAUUAGGGAACAUGAUCGUGCUAGCAUCCAUGAAGCUAUGGAACAGCAGACAAUCAGUGUAGCUAAGGCUGGUUUAGUGUGCAAGUUGAACACCAGAUGUACUGUACUUGCUGCUACCAACCCUAAAGGACAUUACGACCCCGAGCAGCCAAUCAACAUUAACAUAGCACUGGCGAGUCCAUUAUUAAGUCGCUUUGACCUAGUUCUUAUACUUCUAGAUUCAAGAAAUUCUGACUGGGACAGGCUAGUUUCAGGCUUUAUUCUUAAAGGGAGGGAUCCUGUCAGAAUCUUUUCUGAGGAGAGCAAAUGCAGUUCCAGUGAUUUGUGGGAGCUAGAAAAGCUGCAGGCAUAUUUCUGCAUCAUCAAGCACAUUCAACCAUCCUUCACAGAGGAAGCCAAUGUCAUUUUGACACAAUACUACCAAGCUCAGCGUAAGGCUGACUCUAGAAAUGCUGCAAGGACUACUGUACGUUUACUGGAGAGUCUUAUAAG